AUGAUUUCCUGGCGAAUAAAUGAAGGGGCGAUGUACAGUGCUGGAAUAGUGACGUUUUGGGCUUGUAUUGCGUUUUUGGAGCCCAAGAUAUCCUCAGAUGGGUUUGUGGCCUUCUGGAGAAGUGUUUGGAAUAUUUUUAUCUUUAAAACGAGCUAUCUUGGGCCAGAUUUGGAGAAUAUUUGA